AUGUGCAAACUGAUACCUGCUGACAAUAUGCUAAUCAGUAUGUGUGAAACUAACUAAACCAGCCCAUUCUCAACUAGCAGAUUUUCUGAUGUGAAAACAAAGAACCAACAGAAACGAAUCUAAUGGGCCAUAAUGCUGGUCGCACACCAUUCAUAGACAUCUCAAACACAAGCAUUACAGGUGAUCAAAAUGGAUCGAACUCGCUUAGACCAAUAGUCGAUGCUAAUGAACAUAAGAGGCAAAGGGAUAAGGAAAGAUAUGCCACAAUGUCCAUUGAACAAAAGAAUGAGAAAAAUAGGAAGCGACGUGAAGCACGUCAACGAAAUAAAGGACUACCCAUAAAGUCCGAGUCAUCUAGAGAAGACAUUAAUACGAAUCAGACACGUGAGGCGGUCAACGUUGAAAUAAGUCGAGAUGUGCAUCUUGGUUCAGGUCCUAUUAAAAACACUCCAUCGGCUGGUAAUUCUAUCGAACGAAAGAGGCAAAGGGAUAGAGAAAGGCGUGCAACAAUGUCGGUUGAACAAAGGAAUGAGUACAAUAACAAGCGUUGUCAAAUGCGUCAACGAAAUAAGGGACAAAAUGUGAUGCCAGCUAUUUCAGGAGAUGGCGACAAAAAAGUAAAUGUGGAUCCAGAUGAUGAUAGCGACUGGCUGCAUCGGAACGAGACAUUCCAGUCAAAUGACUAUGUCGCAACGACAGACCUUCUGCCACCAGGCAGUGUGCAUGAAUCUGUUGGUACAAUUGGGGAAUCGGGUAUCGGCGUGAGGGAGUAUAGGCUUGAACGCCUUAGGUUGUAUAAUCAGACACCAAAGCGGAAAGAGGCAAAGAUAGAGUACAUGAGAAAACAUAGAGUGCUACAUGCUGACACUUUGAAUGUUGUGUCCAUCGCCAUGGAAGACCCAACAUAUACCCCUGAGGUUGUGCACCCUGCAACGGAACCUUCAACAGUUACCGCCUGUGACUGGGUCAUCCCUGAAUUCGUUAGGACACCUUUCCUACCAGCUCAAACACAGACCGAGGAUGUCGGUUCAUUUGAUAUGUCUACUGAAGCAAUAAAACGUAAACAUCAUGUGUCGCGUGGGGAAAGACAAGCUAUCUUAGCCCGUCGAAACCAGCAAUUUCAAGCAUCCAUUGCAAGGAACGUGACUACUUUGAAUGGGGAUACUAUUAGUGACGCCAACAACAAUGCACAAUGUAGUGUUCCAUGCCAAGCUGCUACCUUGCCAACAAAUGGAAGUGAAGGCAUAACCGAACAAGCAAGUGGGGUGGAGCAUACACAAGAGAAGCCAAGGGUCAUUUCCAAUGAUGAUGAUGAUGAGGUUGUCAUAUUCGGAGAAGAUGAUGACAACGACGAGAGAUACAUAUUCGAUGGCCAAUAUGAGGAGACUGACGAGGACAUUAAAAUCGAUGGUACUCAAGAUGAAUCUACUGGCACUGAUGUGCCUGACCCUUACGACAAGGUAUACAGUAACCUCCCUGAAGAAACGCAUAUGUUGAAGCCAGUUCCUGACUGCGGUUAUUGCACUGCGAAGAAGUUUGAGUACGAGCCACCUGGGUUUUGUUGCCGUGGUGGGAAGGUUGAGCUAGCACCACUGGAUACCCCUCCCCAGCUCAGGAGGUUGUGGGAUAGUGCAGACUCUGAUGCUAAGCACUUUCGUGAUAACAUUAGGUUUUUUAAUGGCCAUUUCUCUUUCACUUCCCUGUACUGUUGCCUCGAUAGUAUGACAACUAAUGUGCGAGAUUCUGGUAUAUACACGUUCCGAGCACAAGGCAUGAUGUACCACAAUAUCAAGUCAUUCGGUAAGGAAGGUGGGUCGGAGCAUAAACAUCUAGAGCUUUACUUUUACGAUGAUGAUCCCAGUCUCGAGCAUCGGUACCGUAAGUGUCGUGAAGAGCAGCUUCAGAAAGACAAAGAGGUUAUUAAACAGAUAGUUGGCAUACUCCAUGGAAACCCGUACUCCGAGCACCUUAGGAGCUUGGGCCAUGUUGAGAACCUUGAUGACUAUCAUAUCGCAUUGAACCUUGACCAGACUUUGAACCAGAAGACAUAUAACACGCCUCUCACUUCGGAGGUGGCUGCUGUAUGGAUCGAGGGGAGCGAACGGUGAGGCCAGUUCAGCAAGAGUGUUAUGCUACAUGGGAAGGAUAUGUCAAGCCACGGCAUCCGCUCAUACCAUGGAUGCUACGAUGCACUAUCGUAUCCACUGUUCUUCCCUAGAGGUGAACUUGGAUGGCAUGCAAAUAUCCCAAAGGUUGGUGUAUCCAUGGAUGAAAUGGAUGCAUACCGGGCGACAUAUAGGGCAAACAAUGCAAACGAUGAAAAUGCAGGUUAGUUGUUUCUUUGUACUUUAGGAUUUUUGCACAUUAUUAACUAUUCUUUCAACAUCACUCACUUUUCAAUCCUUACGUAUGCAGAAUCUCCUACCCAUUUAUGUGUGUCCGUACGUGACUACUACUGCUACAAAUUCUAGAUUCGUCCCGGUGUAUUCAAUCCAAUACUUCAUGGAAAGCGGCUUUUCCAGCAGUUCGCUGUCGACACGUACAUCAAGAUUGAGAACUCUCGUUUAGAUUUUAUACGUAAGAAUCAGGACCGUUUAAGGGCAGACCUAUACCAGGGCUUGGUGGAUAGCAUGUUAGACGGAGAUAUCAGAGCAGAAAAGGUCGGGAAGCGAACUCUGUCUACGUCAUUUAUUGGCGGUCCUCGUGACAUGAAACGUCGGUAUAUGGAUGCUAUGGCUCUGGUGCGGAAGUUUGGUAAACCGUACAUCUUUCUUACCAUGACAUGUAACCCCAACUGGGAUGAGAUAAGGAGGGAGCUUCUCCCUGGCCAAACACUGCAAGAUCGUCCUGAUCUUGUAGUGCGUGUCUUUCAUGCGAAGCUAGAGGAGUUAAAGCAUAGGCUGACUAAACAGGAUAUUUUCGGUAAGGUCCGGGCCUACGUCUACGUCGUGGAGUUUCAAAAGCGGGGUUUGCCACAUGCCCAUUUUCUACUCAUCAUGCAGAGGAAGUACAAGCUAACGUGCCCUGAGCAGUAUGACCUUUUGAUCUCAGCCGAGAUCCCACACAACAAGUACCCUGAACUACGGAAGAUGGUUAUCAAACAUAUGAUGCAUGGUCCAUGUGGGUCGCUAAACCCUAACUGCCCAUGCACUAAGGGCCAUGCAUCAUGCAAGAAUCAUUACCUCCGGCCUUUCAGUGACACAACCUUGCAAGGGAAGGACUCAUACCCGAUUUACAGACGUCGUGAUGAUGGGCGUAAGGAAAAGUUUUGUCGGGGACCAUAAUUAGGGGUACCCUCAAGGCUCCUAAAUCUCAGCUGGUAACCUCCAUCAGCACAAAGCUGCAAAGGCCUGAUGGGUGCGAUUAAGUCAAGGAUCGGUCCAUUCAAGGGACGCGAUCGUGCCUCGCCCGAGCCUAGCCUCGGGCAUGGGCAGCCGACCCCGGAGGGUUUACGUCUCGCCCGAGGACCCCCUACGGCAACGAAUGCACCUUCGGCUCGCCCGAGGCCCAGUCUUCACCAAGAAGCAACCUUGGCCAAAUCGCCACGCCAACCGACCAAAUCGCAGGGGCAUUUAAUGCAAAGGUGGCCUGACACCUUUAUCCUGGCGCGCGUCCUCCAGUUGAUAGAGCCAAAGUGACCGUAGUCACUUCGCCGCUCCACUGACCAGCCUGACAAGAGGACAGCGCCGCCUGCGCCGCUCCGACUGCUAUGCCACACGACAUAGUGAGGCUGACAGCAGCCAAGCUCGGCCCCAGGCGCCAUAGGAAACUCCGCUUCGCCCGACCCUAGGGCUCGGACUCGGGCUCAGCCCCGGAAGACGACGAACUCCGCUUCGCCCGACCCCAGGGCUCGGACUCGGGCUCAGCCCCGGAAGACGACGAACUCCGCUUCGCCCGACCCCAGGGCUCGGACUCGGGCUCAGCCCCGGAAGACGACGAACUCCGCUUCGCCCGACCCUAGGGCUCGGACUCGGGCUCAGCCCCGGAAGACGACGAACUCCGCUUCGCCCGACCCCAGGGCUCGGACUCGGGCUCAGCCCCGGAAGACGACGAACUCCGCUUCGCCCGACCCUAGGGCUCGGACUCGGGCUCAGCCCUGGAAGACGACGAACUCCGCUUAGCCCGACCCCAGGGCUCGGACUCAGCCCUGGCCUCAGCCGACGGUCUCCGCCUCGCCCGACCCAGGGGCUCGGACUCGACCUCGGCCUCGGAAGACAGACUCGACAUCGACCUCGGAGGAGCCUCCACCUCGCCCAACCUAAGGCUCGGACCGACCACGUCACAGGAGGCGCGAUCAUUACCCUACCCCAAGCUGACUCAGGCUACGGGGAACAAGACCGGCGUCCCAUCUGGCUCGCCCCGCCAAACAAGUAAUGAUGGCGCCCCACACGCUCUAUGACGACGGCAGCUCU